AUGGAUACCAUCUUGUGCAACGCGCUUCCUCGCACUAGAAAUGGUCAAAUCCAGCUGAUCUUUGGCCCUAUGUUCUCCGGAAAGUCGAGUGAGCUUAUGCGGCGUAUCGUUCGUUAUCAGUAUGCUAACAAGAAAUGCCUCGCUGUCAAAUACGCCCGGGAUACCCGGUACCAUGAUAGCGCCAUGGCUACACACGAUCAACGGACAAUAGAAGCGCUCUCUGUUAUGAAUCUGGGAGCGCUUCGUGGAAAAAAUCUCGACGACGUCGACGUCAUUGGAAUUGACGAGGGACAGUUCUACCCAGAUUGCAUCCAAUUCGCCGAGGACAUGGCAGGAAAGGGCAAGAUCGUCAUCAUCGCUGCUCUCGACGGCGAUUAUCGACGCCAAGGAUUCAACAAGAUCACUGACUUGGUUCCACUCGCUGAAUCUGUUAUCAAACUCAGUGCUGUGUGCAUGAUUUGCGGCGACGACGCUGCCUUCACAAAGCGCAUCCAGCAGAAUGACCACCGACUCGAGCUUAUCGGUGGAGCUGAUACUUACCUCGCUGCUUGCCGAGGAUGCUUCGAAAAGAAAGGAGAGGAGAUGAAAAUCCGCAAGAAAGCUCCCCUCGCUGUUGCCAACCUUAACAUUGUCAACAUUGCAGCCAACAACCAAAACUCCCAGAAUUAG